GUAAAGCACUAAAGCGUAGGAGGAGUCCCUGCGGAUUGUAUAAAAAAAAAUAGAUCGUUUGGACUGACUAAAUUUUUUUCCCAUAAAAUUUAAAUUCGUUUUGGUAGCUGCUGUGUAGUAAUUUUAAUAUAGAUAAUUAUAAAUCCAGAUAUGGGAUCAAUAGUUUUAAAGAGUCUUUCGGUUCUACUUGGUAUUUUUUUCCUAUUUGUAGGUACUCUGAAAAUGAGUCCUGUCAUCAGUAAAGAGCUGCACAAGGAUCUCCGAAAGGACUAUGUUAAGUAUGCCAAAGUAUUUCCACUCUCCAAAAUGAUCGACUUUAAAGUGCCAGCCAAAUGGUACAGAAGAGCUGUCGGUGGUACUGAAGUAUUAAGUGGUGUUUGCUUGGCAUUUGUUCCUUAUAGAAACGUUAAACAAGGGGCAAAUAUAACUCUUUUGAUGUCACAUUUAUUGGCUGUUUAUACACACUAUGCAGCAAAAGAUAAAUUUGAACGAAUGGCUCCGGCACUUGUGUUUUUAUUCAUGUUAGCUGGACGAUUGGUUAUUGAUUAUCAACUGAGGCGCAAAGAACUGGCAGAAAUUGCUGAACCUAAAGCUCAAAAACAAGAAUAGAAAGAAAAUAACUUUUCCCAAACUUAGCUCAUUUUUAUUAAAAUUUUUGCACAUUAAUUAUUGUAAGGAUUUGUUUUAACUAAAGCUUGGGAAACACAACCCCUGUUCCAUCCCUCCAAAAUAAGAUAACAAAUUUUUGUGUUCAUUCAUUCUAGUCAUUUAUGUUAGUACCUAUGUAAAUAAUUUGUGUGUAGGGUGUAAAUUAAUUCUUACAUAGUUUUUUGUUUUUUUGACCAAUUAAACAUCAUGUAUAUUAAAAAUAAAGAUAAUAAUUUAAAACAAUGUUUACAUAUUAUGAAUACUAUUAUAAUAAUUAGUAAUUAAUAACUAUGAAUCUUCACCAGUGGUUAGUAAUUUCAGUGCUUUUUGUAAAUUUGCAAUGGACUCAGAAACAUCAUCGUAGGUUAAUGCACUAGCAGCAAACUUGCAAUAUUUCUGUGCUUUAGUGAUUUGUGACGGCGACAGUUGUAUUCCAUCUAAAAUGUAAAAGAACUUUUAUUUUCUUGUAAUAAAAAUUCAACUUCACACAAUUCAAAAUGUACCAUUGUUAUUAGACUAUUUUGGAAAUAAAAUAUUAUCUAAC